AUGGACGGCAGCUCAAAGCAGCCGUCAUCAGACAUUACGGCGAUGGAUGGAAGUGGCAGUAACAAAAGCAGCAAUAGCCACAGAACAAAUACUAAUACUGGUGAUACUGAUUCAUCCGGUUCGUCGCCUACACCAUUAACAGCAACAGCAGGAGCCGACCCAGAAUACUGUUCGUCUAGUUCAAGUACCGCCGUGGCAAUGAUGACUACAAGUGGUGAUAUCAGAAGCAAUAGUUUUGCUUUGCCAACCCCAAUACCACCAUUGUCGCCAGGGUGUGGCUGUAUGGUCGUGGACCCACCGACAACCGACCUCGAUGAGAUUACGAUCAGCAUUACACCCACAACUGGCGGACAAUUUGAGCUGGUAGUUGAGCGCAAUGAAACCAUCGAGAACCUCAAAAAAAUUAUUUCCAAGCGACUAAAAGUUGCCAAGGAACGCAUUUGUUUACUGCAUCGAGAAAGGCAAUUGCGUGAAGGCACACUAAAAGAAAACUGUCUUCAAGAUGGAAGUCGCCUCACUCUACUUCCCAGUGUGGAAACUGGUCUAAUGGGACAACGCCCAGAACAAAGUGUAAUGCAAGCGCUCGAGAAUUUAAAUGACUCACAGGUGAAUGACUUUCUAUCUGGCAAAGCACCUCUUAAUCUGACGAUGCGCCUGGGUGAUCAGAUGAUGUUGAUCCAGCUCCAAUUGUCAACAGUAACUCCGUCAUCGCCGCAUACUAGCUCAGUGGGGCCCUCUGCUGGCGUUGCCAUGUCAAGUAACAUUGCAUCACCAUCAUCAUCAUCAUCAUCAUCAUCAUCAUCAUCAUCAUCUCCAGCAUCGCCUACACCGUCGACACCAUCAUCACCAUCGUCAUCUCCGUUAUCACCAAAUGAAAACAUUGGAUUAAAUAACAUUGGUAACACAUCACUAUCAGCAGCAUCAACAGCAUCAGGAACAUCAACGUCGAUGACCUCUGGCGUAGAUUCACUAUCAACAUCCGUGCACAGAAGGUUGAGCGACCACCUUGGCCGAUCAAUGCGCAACGCUAAGCAAAAUGGGCACACACCCGCCGGAAUUCCGUCAUUUAUAAGUAGCCUCGCCUCAGCGCUUCACGCCGCCAGCUGCAGCACCAGCCUCUCUACUGCCACCACUACAACUAAUCCUAGUGGUAGUGAACGUACCGUAUCCCCACCGACCUCCUCCUCAUCAUCAUCAUCAUCAUCAUCAUCUUCAUCGGCCUCUCCAUCAUCAUCCUCAUCCUCGCCUUCAUCUUCGUCUUCAUAUUCACCACCACUCUCGCCGUCUUCUUCAAGGGUAGUCUGGCAUCGCAAACAACUUUUGCACUAUCGUCACCCAAAUUAUCAUCAUCAUCACCCUCACCAUCAUCACCAUUCAAGAAAAGAACAAACGUCUUGUGAAUCCGUACAAACUUCUACCUCUUCACUUACUAGCCUUACAGAAUCCGCGAAUCCUACUACCACGAGUCAAGAUUCGUUAUCUACCACACAUUGUACCCCGCCAAAGAAAAAAUUAUGUACCAUGGGUCAUCAAUCCCCCAUAGACGUGCCGAGAAUUCCUGAUUCUGAGUCAGGUCUACAAAGUCAAAAUGAUUCCAUUAUGAGCCUUUCUACCAGCAGUAAAAUUACUGCUGCCACGCUCGAUACUCGAGCAUUAGCUGAAGCGUCACGUAAUCUUACACAAAAACUCAAGCAGCUUUCCUCUGAGGAGCACGCCCGUCGUAGACAAGGUGCGAUAAUUGAGAGUAUGCAUCAUCACGGAAAAGGCGUGUAUUCUGGUACCUUUAGCGGUACACUAAAUCCUGCACUUCAGGAUCGUCACGGCCGCCCAAAGCGUGACAUUAGUACUAUUAUUCAUAUUCUAAAUGAUUUACUAUGUGCAACUCCACUUCAAAAUAAUGGUGCAAGUACUAGUCACUAUAGACAUCAUCGACACUCUAGCAGCCGACAAACAUCUUCCGGGACAUCUUCGGCGGGAUCUACCAACGCAAUGUGUGGUGUAACAUCACCUAAUGGGAAUCUUCAGGAUGCAUCUCCGACACCUGAAUAUUCAAUAGAAGAAAUGUCGAAAGAAAAUGAAGCGACAAAAGGUAAAAUGCGACGAUUACGUUUAGUAAUGGAACAGCGACGAGCUAAACGAAAAGCAAGACGACAAGCCCGUGCCGCGCCUUACACAACUCAAUGGGCAGCUGUUACUCCAGAAUCAAAUGCUGAUGACGAGUUAGCAGCAUCAAACAAAAAUUCAACAGAACAGCAAACCGAACCAGAGCUACAACCAUGCAGCUCAGAGCCUGUGGUCGCUUGA